AUGGAGAAUCCUGAAGAGGAACAUGAACGUGAGAUGCCAGAGCCCGAGAUGGAGGUUGAAGAGUCCAAGGUUGAAAAGCCCAAGAGGAGAGCCCGAAAGUCUGCCUCGAAACCUACCGCUUCUGGUGCUUCUUGUGAGACCUCCAAGGUUGCCAAGCCCAAGGCCAAGUCGAGCUCAGCAGCCAAACCCAAGGGGAAGCGCCAGUCGGGUGUGGAGGAGGCUGGGUGCAAGAAAGUGAUCAAGCCCAAGAAGACUUCCAAGGUUUCCAAAGGCAAAGGAGGUGAGGAGUCUGAACCUUCUGAUCCUGCUGACCCUGAGUGCCCGAGGGGUGAGGCCAAGACCUUUGCCCGUCGCUACCGUCCAAAAGGUGGCAUUGCGGGGCACAAAUGGGAUGCCCUCAAGAAUGUGUUCAACCGCUACAUUCGCCCUUGUUUUUGGGCAUAUUCCACCGAAGCUUGGGAGGGCAGGGACAUCGCCGAGGACAGCAUCAUGGAUAUGGCAACAUUGUCAGCUGAGCAGUACCUUUUGGUCAGACCGGCCUGUGAUGCUAUGGUGCAUGGCCAAGGGUGGAAACGGAGGCUCUUACCCCAUGACCAAUAUUCGGGUCAUCCAGACUUGUUUGCCUAUUCCUUUGUGGAACUAUAUGCUGGUGAAGCGUGGGUGUCAAGAUGCAUGCGCACUGGUGGACAUCCCACAGCCAGUCUAGACAUCAAAUUUGGGCAGGGGGAGCAUGCUGCAGGGAAGCAAAACUGUUUUGAUUUGCUUUCUGAUUCCGGAUUCUUGCUUGCACUCUGGUGCAUACUGAAUUGUAAGAUGGACGGGUUCUUUCUGGUCGCUGGAUUGCUAUGUCGGUCGUUUGUGGCCAUCAACAAGGGUACCAACAAGAGGGAACCUUUUGCUCCACUCGGCAAUGAAUCAGCUCCAUCAGUGCGGGAAGGAAAUUUACUCUGCACACGGACAUGCCUCCUUUUGUGGGUCGUCCAAGCUAUGGGCGGAUCGUUCCUGUUGGAGCAGCCAAGGUCAUCGCUGCUGCUAUGGCAGCCCCGGAUGCGGGAGUUCAUGAAGAGUCUCCCAAAGGUGUUCUUGGCAUACUGGUGGAUGGGACUUUUUGGAGGAGCUACGGCCAAAAGGCAUCUAGCAAUUUCGAAUUCGCCAACCGUGGGUAUGUUAGACUUGGGCACCCUAGCCAAGAAAGCACGAUCGAAGCUCUCUGGUAUCAAGUCUGCUGUAGCUUACACAUCGAAGAGUGGGAAGAAAUCAUAUAAAGGAACCCGCUUCCUUAAGGGCACAGGGACAUACCCUCCUCGCUUUGGAGUUCAUCUGCGAAAGUUGCACCAGAGGUUCUGCAGUGAGCGGGUUGCAGAAUGGAACAUCCCCAAAGAGGAGUAUGAACGGCAGAUCAAGCAAUUGCAGAAAAAAGACUCAGCAACUGAAGAAGAGUUGGAAGCUUCAAAGUCAAAGCACCCCCCUAGUUCAAAGUGCACAGCAGCAAAAGCCGCGGCAAAAACCCAAGCUGCCCCUGGUAAGAGAUCAAAGGCGCAGUCAGCAGAGCAGGGAACAUUGCCAACUCCAGGCAACACACCUGUCAAGUCACCACCUACAAAGAAACCAGCUAAGAAGGACAAAGUGAACACCACAGGGGUUGCACGCAGGUUGAGCUUCAAGUCCCCUGACCCAGACCCGAGCAAGCAAAUUGACACUCUGCAGGAGGCCAAUGAGAAGCUUCAAGCCCAACUGGACUCUAUGCAGAAACAGUUGGAUUCCCAGAAGUCCUCGCGGGCUAGCUCUUCCCGUUCUAGGCGUCCAACUUCCAUGGAGAAAGGUACAGCCAAGAAACCUCAGCCAAAGGCCAAGCAUGGAGGUCGCUGUGCUUCGGGAGAUGAGGAUUCUAAUGGAUCAGGUAGUGAUGAUGAUGACAACAGUGAUGACCAACAGGAAUCAGGUGAGAGUGAGCCGGGUGAGCCUUCCCAGGGUGCGAUGGAGGGAAGGUUGAGAAGGCUUUGUGAAAAGAAGCCGUCAGGCAAGCUUAGGGUACCCGAAGAAGUGCAUGCGAUGUGGGCCAAAGGGGGGCACACCCGCAAAGAACUCUUGAAGAAACUCCAAGAUGCUGGCUGGGAUGAGGACAAGUACAAUAAGAAGAUCAACAAGUACAAAGUUGAAAUCGAAUCGGAUUCCGAGUCCGAGGAUGUCGAUGAAACAAGGGAAAGGGAGGAGGAAACUCUCAACACCACCAAGGCUCCUGGCUUCAAAAGCUUCAAGAAGAAGUCCAAGGCCAACAAAGUUCCGGUCGCCUCAGAAUCCAGCUCAGAUGAUGACAAAGGAAAAGCGAGUGAUGCUGUUGGACCCCAGCAGGAGUACAACAACUUGAAGAAGCUGGGCGAUUCUCUGUUGACCAGAUCAACAAAGUUGAACGAGUUGAUUUCCAAAAUUGAGUCAGAAAUUGAAAGCAAGUCAGAUUCCAGAGAAAAGAAAAGGGCUGAAGGGUCCAUGUCUCAGUCGGUCAAGAACCUGGAGUCAGCUGUCACCAUACUACAGGCUGAGAUUGAGUCGGUCGAGCAGGCCAAGGUGGAAGUUUCGGACUUGAAAGGUGCAAAGGAUUCCAAGUCUCCGGGAAUUCCAGUGCUGCAAGGUCAUCACGGCAGAGCAGAGCGGAAAGACCCUUUGUUAGCAAGCAGUGUUUGUUUUCGCUGGCAAUUUGUGAAGCCCAAGAAGGAUCGCAAGCUCCAGGGCCCCGACGACUUCUUGAAUCACUGUGCCCAGCUCAUCAGCUACGGAGCCGGGAACUCAUGCCAGCCAGUGACUUCCCAAGAAGUUGUCCCUCCACUGGUCUCUUCCAAUGAUGAUGAUGAUUUUUGGGACCCCUUGAUGGAUUAUUUCUCCCGGGACCAGACUGCUGUGGUCACCGAACAGCAUCCACUGCCAGUUCCUUGCUGCCGAGUUGUCGAGCUAGCCCGGGCAGAGGUGAGUGGGAAUCCACGUCCCAAUGCUGCUGUGAAACGUUUUGCCAAAAUCCCUGUUGAAGAUGCGGAGGCUGGCUGUCAUGAGUUGUUCAGGGAGCUAGGAGGAAAGGAGGGAAGGAGGAAAGGAGGGAAGGAAGGAAGGAGGGAAGGAGGGAAGGAAGGAAGGAAGGAAGGAGGGAAGGAGGGAAGGAGGAAAGGAGGGAAGGAGGGAAGGAGGAAAGGAGAAAAGGAGGGAAGGAAGGAAGGAAGGCAGGCAGGCAGGCAGGAAGGAAGGAAGGAAGGAAGGAAGAAAAGAAAUAAGGAGGGAAGGAGGAAAGGAGGAAAGGAGGGAAGGAAGGAAGGAAGGAGGGAAGGAGGGAAGGAAGGAAGGAAGGAGGGAGGGAAGGAGGAAAGGAGGGAAGGAGGAAAGGAGGAAAGGAGGGAAGUUGGAAAGGAGGGAAGGAGGAAAGGAGGGAAGGAGGAAGGAGGGAAGGAGGGAAGGAGGGAAGGAAGGAAGGAAAGAAGGAAGGAAGGAGUGGGCAGCCGGGAAAGAAUGCAAGUUGUCCUUGGCGAGUACUGGGCUCGCUUCAGGGAGCUAUACCCUAAUCACAAGGUGUUUACUUUGCCUUGUGACCUCAAAAGGACCAUUCCUUUCUAUUCUCAUUCUGAUGAGGGCCGGACUUACAAAUCGAAACCGAUCUAUGUCUUGUCAGUUCAUGGGGCCUUGGGGAGGGGCACCAGCUCCUACGUCCGCAAGCAGAAGCACAAGGCAGAGCUUUCUAAGUUGCAGAUGGGCCUCAACUUCAUAGGCAACACAUGGGCAACACACAUGAUGUUCACCAGUGUGGUUCGGCAGUUCAUGAACGAAAGAACUGAUUGCUUGGAUAUUUUGCUAGAUAUCUUCGCCUCAGAUUGUGAGAAGCUGAUCACGGAGGGGGUCACUAGUAGUGAUGGCACAAAGACUGUGUUCAUGCUACACAUUGCCACCAAAGGCGACCUUCCUGCCUUAGCUAAAGUUGGAGGUCACAUGAGCAGCGGGUAG